UAUAAAAAUUAAAAUUUUUUACGUUAAACGUUUUAAUGUUAACUCGUUGGUAAAGUUCAAAUGAGAAACCCGCGCGCGAUUCCACUUUGACUAUUGUGCAGGUUGUUCAGUGACUAUGGUUAUGGUAAAUUUUUAGUUAAAAACGGUAUUUUAAAAACAACGCCAUUAAGUAUUUGCGGAUAUCUCGAAAGGAUCAGCGAAAAAGCACCUGAGUUGCUACUUGCUACUCGUUAAGAACUUACACAGAGGCCACCUAGGUAUGGAUGUGAAAUAUUAAGUUGGGAAACCUUGUGUUGGCAGUGCAUUUUCCCACAGCCAAAGCAUUCAUGCUGGCAUAUGAACCUACACGCAAAAGCCAUACAAAAUUCUGGUGUGUGUCAUAAAUGAAAAAUCAUACGAAGGAAAACUUCAGUUGAACUUUUUCACAUUUUGCGAGUUUAUUUUUAUGUGCGCCAUAACAACUCUGUCAGGGAUGCAGCAGGUGAAUGCAUGAGAGCAGUUUGCUUUGGUUAACUAACAGGACAUGCAUGUUGCAAACUUGGGCCCUCACAGCACAUCUCAACUGUUGUAUGCAAAUAAUGGGCGAAGGAAGAGAGAAAAAGGUCAGCAAAGUGCAGCAGGAAGUUGUGUCGCAUUCGCAUUCAUAAAUCAUUUGGAAAAUUGAUGCAGUACUAACAUAGACCAUAAAGGGCCAGGAGCAACGUGGUGGGCAAACCAAUAUUUACUCACAUUUGUUUGCCUGUGUGUGUGCGUGUGUGUGUGUUUACUCAAGUUUACUGGUGUUUGUGGCAACAACACAAAAUGCGAUACAACAGUGAUGAUGAACAACUGCAUGGAUCAACAUCAUAAGGCCAAAGGACAACACGUAGCAUAAGAAAACAAUGCAAAAAAAAAGGACAUUUAUAUAAAAUAUUUAAAUUCAUCAAGAGGGACAUAAAAAGGCUCUGUGAUCCUCACAUGCACAUUGCCAAUGCUGCACAGUUGUCAGCCUUAUCUGCGGGUGGUGCAUCAUCAACAACAAAGCAAAAGGAUACCAACGACCACAUGGAGUGGCUGGCAUAAAUGUGUUAUGAACUGCGCCAAAACCCAACUCGGUGGCUCCGCAGUGACAUUUAGCUACCCAAAUCCACAGCCUGAGACAAAUGGUUGCCACUUUGCCAGGAGUUUCAAUAAAUCCACUUCAAGAAGGAGUAAUUUGACGUUCAAUUUUCCCAAAACGAACAUCCAUUUUGUGCUUAAAACUCUGACGGGGGACUCUCACUCACUAAUGAGUCCUGGCCAAGCGAAAACAUACUCCAAGAAGCAAAUUAAGGCAAGACAGAUAUUUGAAGCUUGCAUUUAAAGCCUCCCACAUAUUGUUUGCAAUUGCCAGAGGCGUACAAGGACCUUUGAACUUUUUGGCCAAAGACUAAAUCUCUUCUAAAUCCCACCGCCACCUCAAAUUAGAAACGAAAAGCAAGACCAUCCUUCCGGACUCCAAGUUACGAACCAGUCAAGGCAACAUCACCAUCACCAUCCAACGGCAGCAAUAUGAUAUUCCUAAUGACUGUUAUUAAGGUGCUCCUCAUAGCACUCAACAUCUUUCCUAGCCGCUUCACAAAUCGCAAAGUGAUGUUUCUUAUCUACCUGACAAAUCUCGUCACACAUGUUAUGAUGAAUGAACCUCGUUUUGCCCAACCAAUACCAAAUGUUACAGUGGCUGUGGGACGUGAUGCCAAUUUGCCGUGCGUGGUGGAGCAUCUGGGUGGCUACAAGGUUGCCUGGAUACACAUUGACAGACAAAUGAUUUUGACAAUACAUCGACAUGUUAUCUCAAGGAUACCACGCUACAGCAUCACAUACGACAAUGCAAACACAUGGCUGCUGCAUGUGAAUCAGGCCCACCAGGACGAUCGUGGCUACUACAUGUGUCAGGUGAACACGAAUCCCAUGAUAAGCCAAGUUGGCUAUCUACAGGUCGUGGUGCCUCCCAAUAUACUGGACAUUGAGAGCACCCCCUCCUCAGUGGCGGUAAGGGAAAAUCAAAAUAUCAACAUGACCUGCCGGGCAGAUGGCUUUCCAGCUCCCAAAAUAAUAUGGCGGCGAGAAGAUGGCGAAGAGAUUGCCGUCGAAAAGAAAAAGAAAGUUUUGGUCUACGAUGGUGAAGUGCUGCCACUGACCAAAGUUAGUCGCAAUGAAAUGGGUGCCUAUCUAUGCAUUGCCACCAACGGAGUGCCACCUUCGGUAUCAAAGCGUAUAAUACUGGAUGUCGAGUUUUCACCAAUGAUUUGGGUUCCCAAUCAACUUGUUGGAGCUCCAGCUGGCACUGAUGUCACCAUAGACUGUCACACGGAAGCACAUCCCAAGGCCAUAAUCUAUUGGGUUUACAAUUCAGUCAUGGUGCUGCCUAGUAAGAAGUACAAAACCGACUAUACGGAGAACUCCUACAGAGCCCACAUGAAGCUGACAAUUCGGAAUUUACAGUAUGGCGAUUUUGGAAAUUAUCGCUGCAUCUCCAAGAAUUCCUUGGGGGAAACGGAAGGAUCGAUACGUGUUUAUGAAAUUCCCUUGCCAUCAACGCCUUCCAAGCAGGUGACGCAUUCAACCAUAGACACAAGAGAAAACAACAUCAUUCCAGUGCGGAAUGAUUCCUUGAAAUCUCUCCAAACUGAUGUGAGUUCAUUGAAAAAUGAAUUACUAGGCACAAGUGUGUCCUCGUCGCCAGCGUCACAGGGUGCCACAGCCUUGGUGCCGUCAAUAGCUGGCAAUAACCUGCAAAGUUUUGGGUCGGCCAGCAGUUCGGUGGAACGCAAAGGUUCACUAGCGAUAGGCAAAAGCAUGUUCUAUACAGAACAUCCACCCAAUCACCUGGAGGAUUCAUCAGCUUCUACAGCAAUACCAACUAAGCAUAUACUAAUCCUUUGUGGCAGUGCUUUAAUAGCGACAUUCUUAAGGUGGCCAGCGUAAAAUAGUUUUUAGACACAAAACUUCCAAUCAUCACACAUUCCUAAAUCCAAAGAGGAGAAGUUUAGUUAAAUUCACACCUUUAUAUGUUGAUAAAUGGAGGAUUUAAACAUUGACUCAAUAUCCAAUACAGAAAGCAAAAAUGACUUAAAAAUAGCAGAGUCUUUGACACUUGAAUGUCUCUUAAGAAUUAAAUAGCAAAAUGUUUAUAAAUUAUUUUCGCUUUUUUUUUAAAUAUUGAAAUUGACAAUAAUAACCUACAUAUCACCCAAAACAAAGACCCCAACACCAGAAACAUAUCUCCCCCCUACACAAACUCUAAGACUAAGGCCAACUCAAACCUGUCGAAAGGUUGUGUGUGUGUGUGUGUGUGUGUGUAUUGUGAGGACUUAAAAACUGAACAAAAAGAGUGUCGAUGAAAAUGUCUCUUUUUUUUUCUCUGUCACCCAACACGCAGGGGAUGUCCCCUAUGAAUGCAGUGCAUUGCGCUGGAGAGAGGAAAUUAGGAAAUGGAGGGGAGGAAAAGGAUGCUUAUUGACAUUUGUCUUAAAUCUUUGAAUGUCAAAGUGGGUGCGAAAAACUUAAGCCGAAAGUCGAUUCCACAUACGAACGGUUCGGGCGAAAUAAGAAUUCUCCCUAUAAUGCAUUGUGCGGUCCGCUGGCCAAUCAAUUACAAACGGGUGUGAGUUCCUGGAAUGUCUAGUAUCCCUAACAUACAUCCUUACAUCAGGAAUCAGAAGACGAAUAUCAGACGAACACGCUCCAUGAAAGUACCGAUAGAACAGCGCCCAACAAUCCACAUUGCGACGAUGAUGGGAGGGAGGCAAUAGAGUUGGAUACCCCACUGUCCCCAAUCAACGCCAUAGCUCUCCUUUGUACACGGUCCAGUAGCUCCAGAGAUGAUUUUGAAGCUGCAGCCCAUACAUGUGAGUUGUACUCCAUUUUUGGUGUAGUGGUGUAGAUGCUAAGAAGAUCAGACGGAGUGAAGUAAUUCUUACACCAUUUAAGGUAGCCUAAACACUUGAAUGCUUUUUUCGACACUUCGAAUACAUGUUUAGCCCAAAGGACGUCGCGUUAUAUUUCCAUGCCCAGAAUAUCAAGAGCUUCUGAUUGCUCAACAUCUACACCGUUAAUGGACAAAGAUGAUCGUAAUCGUUCAGCGAAUCGUUUGUGUGACAACAAGCAGCACUAAGUCUUCCGUGCAUUAAAAUCUACUCCACUCAUUCGACCGCAGAGGCAGACUGUAUCGUCCAUAACCCUCCUUUUGUCCUCAGUCUCUCGAAGACCCGGCCUAUGGUCAAAUGAGUAUGAAUGACAGAGAUUACUGUCAUCCGCGCAAAUGAAAUCGGUUCAGAUUUAGAUAUAGUCCUCAUAUAUAUGUUCGUCCGAUUUCCAGUAAUAAUGCAAUAAAAUGGUCAUUUGUUAUCCGAUUUUCUCGAAAUUCGGCAGGAGUGACUUUCUCUCUACUCUCAAUAUUACUGGUGAAUUUCAUGAAAAUCGCUUCAGAUUUAGAUAUAGCUCUCAUGUAUAUAUAUCGCCCGAUUUUAACUUCUAGAGCCACAGCAAGCGCAUUUAUUGAUCCAUCUUGGCAAAAUUUUGCCCAACGCUUUCCUCGACGACUGCCACAGUAUCUGAGGAGUUUGCUUGAAAUCGGAUCAUAUUUAGAUAUAGCCCUCAUAUAUAUGUUCGUCCGAUUUCCAGUAAUAAUGCAAUAAAAUGCUCAUUUGUUAUCCGAUUUUCUCGAAAUUCGGCGGGAAGGAUUUUCUUAUGACUCUCAAUAUUGCGGGUGAAUUUCAUAGAAAUCGGUCCAAAUUUAGAUAUAGCUCUCAUGUAUAUAUAUUUGGCCGAUUUUAACUUCUAGAGUCACAGCAAGCGCAUUUAUUGAUCCAUCUUGGUAAAAUUUUGCACAACGCUUUCCUCGACGACUACCACAUUAUCAAAGAAGUUUGCUUGGAAUCGGUUUAGAUUUAGAUAUAGCCCUCAUAUAUAUGUUCGUUUGAUUUCCAGUAAUAUUGCAAUAAAAUGGUCAUUUGUUAACCGAUUUUCUCGAAAUUCGACAGGAUUGAUUUUGUCUCAACUUUUAAUAUUGCUGGUGAAUUUCAUGGAAAUCGGUUCAGAUUUAGAUAUAGCUCUCAUGAAUAUAUAUCGCCCGAUUUUAACUUCUAGAGUCACAGCAAGCGCAUUUAUUAAUCCAUCUUGGCAAAAUUUUGCACAACGCUUUCCUCAACGACUGGCACAGUAUCUGAGGAGUUUGCUUGAAAUCGGUUCAGAUUUAGACAUAGCCCUCAUAUAGAUGUUCGGCACCGUCCGACUUUUGCCCUUCCUUACUGGUUUUAUGUUGAAAUCUGGUGCUACUAACUACCAUGUUUUUUGCCGCGGCGAAAUCUAUCAGCCUCAACCCAUUACUGGACGUUAUCUCGUGUAGGCUAAACUUUCCGACUGUUGGACCAAAAAUAUCUUCCUUCCCCAUUUGCGCAUUAAAAUCUCCCAGGACAAACGAUCAUGGGCGGGGCAGAGGUCAUAUUCUCUCUCUCUAGGCGCUCGUAGAAAAUAUGCUUGGUCUGCUGGUCUUUGUCUUCUGUCGGGGCAUGGUCACAAAUAAGGCUGAUGUUGAAGAAUUUGGCUUUUAUGCGGAUUGUGGCUAGCCUCUCAUCCACCGGAGUAAAGCUGGAGACAAGGUCUUUCAGUCUCCGACUAACCACAAAUCCACAGCCAAGUUCAUGCCUCGUAUUAUGGCAGCUAUCAACAAUGAGACAAAUCCUCAUAUAGCAAUGAAAUAUUGAAAGCCCUUAAUUGUAUGUCUUGAAAUUUUUAUUUUGUAACAGUUUUUUUUUUCCUCCCUAUUGAACUAUUAAAUAUUUUAUUUUUAUUUGUUCAAUAAAUUCUCUCUUUAACUUCUAUAGAGACAAAAUCAUUGACACAAAUCCAUUGUGCUGUUAGGGAAAUUAACACUUUCAAUUAAAACAAUGCCGCACAAAAAAAAUCUAACAUAAAAGCCCUCUUUAAGCGACACACACACAAAACGUUCAUGCAUAUCCUUAUCCAACAUAUCCUUACAAACCAAACAAGAACAACAACAA